AUGGAGCAGCAGCAGCGCGCGCGAGCGCGGGCGGCGCCCGGGGGCGGCGCUGCCUUCCCGGAGGGCCUCGUGGAGUGGACGCGGACCUGCGUUGACGAAUGGUACCGACUCUACAACCGGCAGCAGGAAGCGGCCAACGUCCCGAUCGAGGCGCUGAUCGAAGCCUCGCAGGCCGGGGACGGCGGGCCGCGGGCGGACGCCGCGGCCGUGAAGAAGCUUCAGGAGGAGCUCAAGGCGAAGCACGAGCUGGAGGACCUCCAGUCGAAGAACAUCUUCUCGCUGCUCAAGGAGGUCACCAUCAAGGGCAUCCAGGCCAAGUGCCUCUACCUGACGAACCGCCAGGCCCGGAUGCUGAACCUCGAGAACAUGGACAAGUUCGUGAUGGCCAUGGACUUCGAGCCCCGGCCCAAGCUGGUGAUCAACCUCUUCGAGGCCUUCGCGUCCUUCGGCCACAACGCGUACGACCACGGCCACUGGUCCUACCGCAAGGGCGACAUCGACGGCGACCCGUCGGUGGCGCACGGCGAGCCGGCCGGCGAGCGCGGCCUCUCCGAGACGGAGCGGCGCCUCGGCGAGUUCAUCAAGGACUCGCUCCUGCCCAUCGCCAUCGAGUCCAACGCCGUCAUCAUCAUGGGCGCGAACCACUGCAGCUUCAGCAGCAUCUUCUCGGCGCUGUCGCAGCGCGAGGCGGCGCGGUGCGGCGGGCGGCUGCCGUUCUACACGCUCUGCGUCGUCGACGCCAUGCACAUCAACGAGAACACCAAGGUCGCCGGGACGAACAGCAACACGCUCCACAAGGUGAUGCCCCGCUGGAAGAAGAACGCGGCGAAGCUCGAGGCGAUGCUCCUGGAGUCGAUGGGCGCGCCGGCGAAGAACCGCUACUGCAACACCUUCGUGCCGCCCGCGACGCACUACAUCAUCGUCGACGCCAUCGAGGAGGGCCAGCCGGGCCAGUCGAGGGACAAGUUCGACACCCUCCCCACGAAGACGCUCCGGAGCUACAUCACGGCGCGCUUCGCCGAGACGCUCCCGUCGCUGGCCUUUGGGGCGUUCGCGGCGAAGGACGGCUGGGAGCAGAUGCAGCGGUUCUCGAAGUACACCAGCCGGGGGCUCCCGCUCUUCCUCGUCGACACGAAGAUCGUGCCGAAGGCCACGACGCGGCCGCAGACGGACGACGUGCUCGCGGCGUUCAGCAGCGCGAAGGCCUCGAGUUCGGGCGGCCGAGACGGCGACGAGCUGGCUCGGCGGGCGGUGCGGCGGGCGCGCUUGGGCGGUGGCGACGAAGAGCCCGCGUGGCUCGAGGGCGCGUCCGACAAGGACGCGAAGUGGCUGAGAACGGCGGCGUACGAGCUGCUGCGGCGCGACUCGGAGCUCGAGGCGCUCCCGCAGGGCUACAACGGCUACCACGCCGGCGACGUGAGCUACCUCGUCUACAUGCUGCACAGGAACUCCGGCGGGCACAACUCCCCCGGGUCGAGCAGCAAGCUCGGCGCGUCGAGCACGCGCGGUAAAUACAUCCACGAAGUCAUGGCCAUGCACGAGGAAGUGCUCCGGGAGCGGAGGGAGGGCGCGGCCAAGCGCGCGGACGUCUUCAAGCAAAACAUUCGCCGCUGCGCGGACCUGUUGGUGUGGCUCGACCGUAGAAGGGCGAAAGCGUACCUGGAAAAGUGGCACAAGCACCGCGCCGCGCAGCUCGACGAGUUCAGUACCGAGAUCGCGAGCUGUGCCAAUCGGGACACCAUCGACGCGACGCUCGCAGAUUGGUUCACGAGGUGGUGCGGGACGCUCGUCCGGACGUCGCUUGAAGCGGCGCCGCGGCGCGAGGGGCGCUGCGCCCGCGUCGUCGGAAUGUUUCCGGACGUCUUCGAGCAGACCGUCGUGAGCAGCGGGCCGCACAAAUGUUUCGCGGAGGUCCCGCGGCUCCGGGAAGGCGCGACCAUCGAGGCGGCGGUUGACGCCGUGGCGGGCUUCCAGGCGGCGGAGCGCUCCAAGGUCGUCUACCCGGACGCGGUCUACAUGGCGAACGAUUGGUUGCUCGACACCUACAGCGGCCUCCAGGACGUGCUCGGGAGCGAGCACACGUACGCAGGGAGUCUGGCGGAGCCCGAGCGGCUGAAGCUAAUCGUCGAGAGCGUCGCGGAGAUCGACCGCCUGCCCAAGUGCAACACCAUCCAAGGCAUGCACAUCCUGCGGACGGCCUGGAAUAAGGUCGACAUGUACGCACACGUGGCGCAGCGGUGCAAGAUCAUGUCGAAGGUCUGCUACGCCCUCCUCCUCAUGCUCUCGCUUGCGUCGACGUCGCUCGUCAUGGCGUCGGCGUACAUGCCCCGGCAGACCGUGUCGGCGAAGGGGCUCAACCAGUACGUGCUCGUACUCACGCUCCUCACGACGGUAAACAUCGCGUUCAUCACGUACGUCAAGCCCGAGGAGAAGUGGAAGCAGCUUCGGGCGGCCUCAGAGGCGCUCAUUGGCGAGAUGUGGAAGUUCCGCACGCGGAGCGGCCACUAUCAGCAGAACCCCGGCGACCCGCCCAACCAGACGAGCGAGCUCUUCAAGGAAUUUGUCGACGAUAUAGCCACGAACGUGAUGAAGUCCGCCACGGUCGCGAACACGGCGUUCUUUGCCCGUGCGAAGGGCCUCUCGACGCCCGACGCCGAGAGCGCGGCGCUGCGCGAUAAUGCCCUCUACCGGCACGGCCAGUACCGGUCGCCGCCGUCGCGUUCGGACAAGCGGUGCGGGUGCCGCCGGAAAACCCCGGUCGCCGCGGGGUAUGGUCCCAAUGAUGGAUGCCUCUGGGACGACCACCAGUCGCCCUGCACGCCGGAGGAGUACCUGCAGCUGCGCGUCCUGCCGCGGCUCCAGUUCUACCAGGGGCGCCUCCCGACCUACCAGCGCCUGGCGGGCCUCUGGGAAUCGUUGCUUUUGGCGUCUUCGAUCUGCGGCGUCGUGCUCUCGUUCUUCCAGGAGGCGCGCUGGAGCCCCAUCCCGAUCGCCGUGACGAUCUGCAUCACCGCGUACGCGGAGUUCCACGACACGGAGCGGAAGCUCGUUCGCUACUCCGAGGCGAUCUCGCGCGUCGACAGCGUCAAGAUGUGGUGGGAUUCCCUGUCGAACGUAGAGAAGGUUAGCCUGGCGUGCGUCACGACGCUCGUCUCGACGUGCGAGGACGCGUUCGCGGACGAGCGCGAGGCGUGGGGGUCGUCCUCCGUGGUGUCGGCCGAGAUGGACGCGCGCUCGGGCCGGGGGCCGUCGCACCACAGCAGCCUGAACACCAUCGCGGCAGGCGAAACGACGGUCGGGAGGGUAUAA